UAAAAAUGUAUAGCAAGAAAGUUAUAAAAGACGUCGCAGUCACGUUGACUUAUAUUUGCUGCAAGAAAGCGGAUAGGUAAUUAAAAGUGGAAACGCACUCUUAAAUAGUUAACAAGUUAUUACAGCAUGCGACGUGUUUUGUUGAUACUUGCCCUCGCAACAGCGUGCCUGGCGUACUGCCCGAACCCUGACACCUCCGGAUUCAGGAACAGCGAGUGGCAACCGAAUAAUGUACUCAUAAAAUUGAUGAACUUCUUUUAUGACAGUAUAGCUCUAACCACAGCGGACACUUGUUCACCACAGAAACGUUUCAUAUCACUAUACGUGUUAGCAAAGACGUAUUUCUUGUCUUCUAAUGAGACGAAUUACGAGCGUGCUAUCGCCGAAGGCAGGCACAAAGCGGAGAAGCAGCUCAAACAAACAUCUGCGGCGAUCGCUGGACCCUUCCGAGGACUUGUUGAUAGCAUCCUCUCUGUCAUUGAUCAGCCAUUGAACGACGUGCUAACUAGCUGCAAACCGGAUACCUACCAAGACGAUUGUAAAGCCAAUCUAAAUGACUACCGUGCGAGGUUCGAAAAGGAAUGUAAAGGUUACCAUAACAACGUAGCAGUCCAUAGCCGUCUUACCAGAUGGGCCAACAGACAAGACGCUAUCGAUCAUACAGAAGACCUAGUACAUGCCAGUAACACAAUGAGAGGUGAUGUUGCAGUUCUGGACUACUUCCAGAAGACUUCUGCUGUGAAAUACAAAGACGCCUUAACUGAACUCCAAGGUAUAGUGCAGCAAGUAAAGCAUGGUGUCUUCAAUUGUAAUGCUUUGUCGUUUGUUAACAUUCAUUGCUUGUGAAUAUUAUGUCAUAAUUUGGAUACAUUGAAUAUAUGAGGUUCUAUAGUCUA